AUGGACACCAUCAUCUUUGGUGUCACCCAUCCCUCUGUUCCCCUCUCCCAGGGCAUCAAGGCUGUGCUGGCAGAGAGCUAUGAGAGGAUCCACCGCAGUAACCUGGUGGGCAUGGGGGUCAUCCCUCUGGAGUACCUGGCCGGGGACAUGGCAGACACCCUGGGCCUGACGGGCCGAGUGCGUUACACCGUAGUCAUCCUAGAGCCACUCACACCCCUGGUGAUGAUUGUUGACAUUAAGCUCGACACGGGCAAAACAUUCCAGGCGAGGAUGAGGUUCGGCACAGACUGGAAGCUGACGUACUUCCACAACGGAGGCAUCCUCAACUACAUGAUCCGCAAAAAUGUCUGAGAACUAGAAGGAGCGCACCAUCGGGACCAAGCCGCGCUGAACACGCACAUCCUCCAUGGGGACGGAGAGACAGAAAGCCCUGACUCGCCCUCUGUUGGUUUGAGUUCAUCAUGUUGUCUCCAUUGGUUUUAGUGCAUUAACCCGUAGACGUUUAGCCAUAGGACUUCUUUGAUUAUGUAGUGCUGAGUGCUUAUUACUGUUGGUGAGUAGGGUUGCACAAUUCCAGAUCCAGUUCAUUCCCAGUUGUUCCAGGUCUUCCUGGUUAGUAGAUUCAGGAGGGAAUGAGCAGGAAAUGCAGGAAUUCUCCAACCGGGAUUUUUUGGGAAAGUUGAUGAAGGCCGAAAUUUUAGUCUUUUAACCUUGCUUAAAACAAAAAUGGAAUCAUUGUUAAUGGUGAGCGAAUGUUGCACCUUUUUUCUUUCCUAUUUUGGGAAAGUUACCAGAAUUGUUUCAACCCUAAUGGUGAGUUUGGCUACCCUAGUACUAGUGUAACAGGGGGCGAGUUAAUCAAAUCAAUCUAUCAAAUUAAUAUAAGUAAACAUCAUUAGAUUUCUGACCUGAAGCCACAUUUCAUAUUUUCUUGAAGCACUAAUGGUUUUAUGGACCAAAUUGUUUCUGUCUAUCAAAUUGGAAUGAAGGCCUACUUUGAGAUUCGCACUUGUUUGUGACCUCGUCGCUCUGAUAUGGAUAAAAUGUGUGUUUUGUCUGCUAAAAGGCCAUAUCAGGGCUAGUGGCUGCCUCCUAACAGUCUUAGUGCUGUCCCCUUCCCGUUCUCCUUACCAUAACUGGAGAGGCCAGGGGGAAUUCCUGGUACAUAUCCACCAUAUUGCUUUCGCCUAUUAUGUAUUGAUAGUGAUUGCACAAUGAUUUAUAUCAACUGUUAUGUUAUGGGCAGGUUGGCGUUUAUUGGGAUGAGUCUUGUCCUUGAGGCAGAACUGAGCGAUUUCCGCUAGAUGGGCCAGCUGCAAAGUCAAAAUUGCCUAUAUUGUAACAUUUAUGAAAGAAAAACAUUACCUUCUUAAUUUCAAGAUUAGGGUUAGCAGUGUGGUUAGGCUUAAAAUAAAAUGUUAUGACUUGUGGCUGUGCCAGCUAGUGACCAGUGCAGAGCUACCUCCAGAUCAAGAUUCAUGAUGAAAAAUGCUAACCUGCAUGAUAUGGCUCAGGGGCAGAGUAGACUACGUUUGUCAAAUUGUU